GUCCCCUCUCCCCAUCGGGUCGUCGCUCUGGCUUUCUCGCUCUGUGUCCACAGCUAGUCCUGCUAUACUGCUGAUUGCUCUGUCUUUCCUUCCUGCUCGUGCUCUAGCGCUGCUCAGACUGCUGCCCAAGCUGCAGCCAUGCUCAAACCCUCACUCUUUUUGCUCUCCCUCGCUAGCAUUUGGACAUACCCACAUCAUGCCGCCGCAGUGACCAUCUACGGCCAGGAAGGCGUCACUGCCGUCUCUGGCGCAGCGACAGAGACGGGCGCUGCCGCCGCCGCGACCGCCACCGACUGGCUCUCUGCACUGGCGGCCUUCAACAACGUCACCCUCACCGCUCCCGCGCUACCGACCUCCAUGCCCUCGACUGCGUUCACGAUUCCGGUCAUGAACAACGCCCAGGACGUGCAAGGGCUCUCGAUCCAGCAGGGCGCCGACUUUUUCGGGUUCUCGAUCGAAAUGUCGGUCGUCACCCAAGUCAGUGAGUACCGCGCUGUUUGAGGUCGUGUAUGCCUCUUUGUGUGAUGAACGGGAGAUCUGACGGGAGAUCUGCUUGCGCUUGGCUCUGGGGUUCAGUCGGCAAGAACGCGUCCUUCAUCCAAGUGCCUUUCCUCAACCUGCUCGCGACCGUCGCCGACAGGGCCGGGCGUGUUCGUAUACGUGUCGGUGGUAAUACCCAGGAGACGGCGACGCUCGUGGACAGCCUGCCAGACAACGAGAUGAUCGCGAAGGACAAGACGGACGCGACUAACCCGACGGACACCCCCGUACUCGAUUUCACGGCGGAAAUGAUAUACCUCCUAGCCAACGUCUCAUCACUAGUCAACGCGAAAUGGUACCUCGGUAUUCCGUUCAACGAUACCUCAAACCUCCGUCUCCAGAUCGCCGAAGCCGCAGAGGCCAUCCUUGGGGACAACGUCCUAGCCUUCCAGGUCGGCAACGAACCUGACCUCUACGUAGCCCACGGCCACCGGCCAUCAGGCUACAACCAGACGAGCUACUUCGACGAAUUCGGCAUCGUCGUGAACGCGAUCAGCAACAACGCGAACAUCCCCACCCGCGGUAACCUCGUCGCACCGUCCCUGCAGGGCACGUGGACGCUUGAGUCCGUGUUCGACACCGGCUUCCUCACCUCAUACGGCUCCGCGGUCAGCAUCCUGUCCGUCGAGCAGUACCCGGACAACAACUGCGCCGCGGCGUUCCCGGACGCGGGCUUCGGGACCCCCGUGAACCCGCAGGACGUGUUCGCGAACUACCUGACGCACAACGCGGGCAAGAAUCUUAUUGCGCAGUACCUGAGCGCGGUCCCGACCGCGCAGCAGAUGGGGAAGCAGUUCAUGAUGUUCGAGACGAACACCGCGUCGUGCGGCGGGUUCCCGGGCGUGAGCGAUAGCUUUGGCUCUGCGCUGUGGGCGGUGGAUUAUGGGCUGCAGAUGGCGUAUAGUAACUUUACGGGCGCGUUGCUGCAUAUCGGUGGGCAGGACGUGUCGUACAACCCCUUCACCCCACCCCCGACGAACCUCUCGACGACGCACGGGUGGACAGUCGGCCCGAUCUUCUACUCAACGCUCGUCCUCGCCGAGGCGCUGGGCACGACGAACACGUCGCAGGUGCUCGACCUCAACGCGAACAGCGGCUCGGACCAGACGCCCGCGUACGCGAUCUACGAGAACGGCGCGCUCGCGCGCAUGGUGCUCGUCAACUUCAUGACGGAGCAGGACGGACAGGGCGCGUACACCGCCACGAUCUCUGUCGGCGGCGGCCAGACGGGCGAGGGGAACGGCACGCCGAGUCAGGUCAAGGUCAAGUACCUCACGGCGCCCAGCGUCGCGGAGAAGGACAACGUUACGUGGGCGAACCAGACUUAUGGAGGGCGCUUCGAGUGCGACGGCCGCCUCUCGGGCACGGAGGUCAUCCAGACCAUCACGUGCGACACGAACGCCAACACGUGCGACAUCCCCGUGCCCGCGCCGGGCGUCGCGCUCGUCUUCAUCUCCUCGGGCGCGCAGGGCGAGACGGACCCGUCGACGACGGAGACGUACGCGACGACGGCGCUCACGAAGACGGCAAACACGGUGAGCAUCGACCCGAGCGUGCUCGCGACGUCGAACGGGAUGAGCGCGAAGGACCGCGGGCUGUCGAGCACGAGCCAGGGGAGCAGCGACGCGGCGCGGACCGCGGGCGCUGUUCCUGGGCUGGUGGCGUUGCUCGCCUUUGUCCUUGGGGCUUGUGCGGUCUCGGGGGCGCUGAGGAGGUGAUCGAUACCAUGAUCAGAGGCGAGGAUCUCGUGUUGGACUGUAUAUAAAACAUCGUUACCCGGCGGCGGACGCUUGCUUGACCUGCGCAGGACAGUUCUUGUGUAGACGGUAGUAUGUUGCUUUACUAAUUGAGCUCCUCGUUCGACUGCUAUUCCCUGGCGCUGGGGCGGGUGUCCGUUGCGUGCUCGGGCUUCCGGUGCUGGCGGAGGUGGGUGCUCGCCAAUUUGUGCCUUCGGCACUGACUGGUUGAAAUAUUAUCUUGGAUGAUACGUUUGUACCGGUAAGUGCAUUUGCUUGCCCAGCCCCGAGGUACCCAAGCUCAUUGCGAAUUCGCAGGAGAGUUUGCGCGCGAUCAUCGCGGCCGCCUGACGCCAGGGUCUACGGAGGCACUUCAGCGGGGAGUCAUGCGCAC